AUGGCGCCGUCAAAAAAGGCCAGCUGGACGAACGCGCCAGACGCCGAGGAGCUGGAGAAGCGCAAUACCGUGGGCAUCCACAAGGAGACCGUGACGCACAACACGUCGGUCGACUUCCCAGGCCACGUCCCUGGCGAGGAUGAGGCCUUUUCUCUCGAUCGGUUCCGCGAUGGCUUCAGCGUCGAUUUCCACCAGAACGAUCCCUUCCACGCCUCCUUCUCGCUCAUGGGCAUCGACGCCUCCCUCUCCAACGCCUUCCGCCGCAUCCUCAUCUCCGAGAUCCCCACGCUCGCCGUCGAGAACGUCUUCAUCGAGAUCAACACCUCGGUCGUCCAGGACGAGGUCCUCGCCCACCGCCUGGGCCUCAUCCCCUUCAAGGGCGGCAAGGAAGGGCUGCACAACUUCCUCAAGUGGCACAAGAAGCCCGAGCCCGGGGAGGACGCGUACAAGAACUCGUACGACUGGAACACCGUCUCGCUCGAGCUCAACGUCAAGUGCACCCUCAACGAGGACGCCGACCCGCGCGAGGACGACCCCCGCAAGGCCUACCACAACGCCCACGUCUACGCCCGCGACAUUGUCUUCACCCCCACCGGCGCCCAGGAGCAGUACUUUGCCGGCGACGACGCCAUCGCCCCCGUCCACCCGGACAUUCUCAUCGCCAAGAUGCGGCCCGGCCAACAGAUCGGCCUGACCAUGCACAUGCACAAGGGCAUCGGCGCCGACCACGCCAAGUUCUCCCCCGUCGCCACCGCCUCCUACCGCCUCAUGCCCAUCAUCAAGAUCACACGCCCCAUCCUGGGCGCCGACGCUGAAAAGUUCCAAAAGUGCUUCCCCGACGGCGUCAUUGCGCUCGACAAGGUCUCCGCCAAGGAAGCCGCCCAGAAAGGCAGCGGCUACGAGAGCCAUGUUGGCGAGACAAAGGCCGUCGUCGCUGACCCCAUGCGCGACACGGUCAGCAGGGAGUGCCUCCGGCACCCCGAGUUUGAGGGCAAGGUCAAACUCGGGCGGCGCCGGGACCACUUCAUCUUCUCCAUUGAGAGCUCGGGCCAGUGGGACAGCGACGAGCUGUUUAUGGAGUCGGUCAAGCACAUGAAGCUCAAGUGCAAGAAGCUGGAGCAGCAGGUCAUGGACAUGGUGCGGUAA